AUGACGAUUAAGCGUCCUCCACCUGAGUGGCCAAGCCAAGGCCUCCUCACCUUUGACCGGGUCAGCUUCUCCUACAGCUCAGACGGACCUGUGGUCCUAAAGGACAUGAAGGCCAUGUUCAGGCCCAAAGAGAAGGUUGGCAUCGUGGGCAGGACGGGUGCAGGGAAAAGCUCCCUGGUAUCGGCGCUCRUCCGCCUGGCAGAGCCAGAGGGCAGGAUCUACAUCGAUGGAGUUCUGACCUCUGAGAUCAGCCUUCAUGACCUGCGCCAGAAGAUGUCCAUCAUACCUCAGGACCCAGUGCUUUUCACCGGUACCAUGAGGAAGAACCUGGAACCUUUCAACCAGCACCCAGACGAGGACCUGUGGAACGCUCUCCAAGAGGUCCAGCUGAAGUCUGCGGUGGAGGAGCUGCCCAAUAAGAUGGAGACGGUUCUGGCCGAGUCGGGCUCCAACUUCAGUGUGGGUCAGAGGCAGCUGGUCUGUCUGGCCCGAGCUGUCCUGAGGAAGAACCGCAUCCUCAUCAUCGACGAGGCCACGGCCAACGUGGACCCCAGAACAGACGAGCUGAUCCAGAAGACAAUACGAGACAAAUUCAGGGAAUGCACCGUGCUCACCAUCYCCAACAUAGACAGCAAUCGCAUUCUGGUUCUAGUCGCGGGUCAGAUCCACGCAUACGAUGAGCCCUACACCCUACUUCYGAACCACGAUGGUAUCUUCUUCAAGAUGGUCCAGCAGACAGGCAGGCAGGAGGCCGUUGCCCUCCUGCAGUCAGCUAAACAGGCAUACAAUAGCCGGAGUCGUCCCGGUACGACCAACGGAGGGGGUCGAAGCAGACGGCAACUUGCAUCUUUGAGACGGCCCUGUAACAACCUGGAGGAGGCUUUGACUAUUGUUUUAAAGCCUGAAGUACUGCUCCUCGGAGUCGGCUGGCACUGCAGUCCCAUGGCAUUCUCCAGUCUACAGAGAUCAACAAUCUUCCUUAUCACCCAGCAAAAACUCKAUGUUGGAAACUCCAUUUGGACAGGAAUCUGCAAKGAGGUGGAACUGUUUGGUCCAGCGUGCCACAGGAUGAGUUGAGUUAAAUCCACUUACGCAGUUGUAGGGAUUUUUUCCCCAAGCUAAAAAAGUUGGGAAAGUACG